AUGAUGGCAAAGAACGGUAAAUUCAGUGGAGGUUAUCGGAGAAAUAGAUUUCACACAGCUGGGGAAAUUGAGGGCUCUGCUAGUUCAGGAAGGAUUGACACCGAGAUUACUAUUUCUGAGGGUUCUAGUGCUCCUGGAAGGAAACAUAAUAAGCUAAAUUCCAAUAAACAGGACAUUUUUGGUGUCCCGGUGCAGAUAUUUUCUCCAUUGCACCUUUCAUCGUCUGAAAGGAAGGAAUUAGAACGAAGGUUGAGAUGGGAACUUGAGCAAGUAAGGAAUCUCCAAAAGAGAGUUGAUUUGCAGAGAACAAAUGGCGUUACACUGUCGUCUUCCAGUGACAUUCUUAGUUGUAGCAAUGGUACAAAUAGGCCUCAUGUAGAAACUUUUAGGAAGUCCUCGGUUAUGACUUCUGGGCCAGGGAAGAAAGUGAAUCCAACAGGCCAGGCACGUGUAUGGAAUAGGGGUAGUUCAGGAAGGUUUAAGUCUGCAAAGCAAGUUUCAAAACAGAGUUCGACACCAAUCACUACAAAUAUGAUAUUGAUGAAACAGUGUGAGACGCUGUUGAAAAGGUUGAUGUCUCAUCCGCACGGUUGGAUCUUCAACCACCCGGUUGAUAUUGUGAAGUUGAACAUCCCAGAUUAUUAUACUAUUAUUAAGAAUCCAAUGGACUUGGGAACUAUAAAGAGUAAGAUAGCUUCUGGUGCAUACUCAAGCCCAUUGGAAUUUAUGGCUGAUGUGAGGCUCACUUUCCAAAAUGCUAUGGUGUACAAUCCACAGGGGUCUGAUGCCUACGUUAUGGCUGAUACUCUUAGUAAAUUUUUUGAAAUUAGAUGGAAAACUAUUGAGAAAAAAUUACCAAGUGCUGGUGAUGAAGUUUUACAGGAAAAUUCAGGUCCUCAUGAAGACUUUGAAACUGCUGAAAUGUUUCCUGCAAAAAAGCGAAAAGUAACUUCUUUCCAACGUGACAUUAUGCCAGAGCCUGUAAAGAGGGGAAUGACAGAUGAAGAGAGGCACAAUUUAGGUAGAGAAUUGGAGUCUUUGUUGGGAGAAAUGCCUGUAAAUAUUAUCAAUUUUUUGAGGGAACAUUGUUCGAGCGGAAUGGACGGUGGAGAGGAGGAAAUCGAAAUAGAUAUUGAUGAACUCAGUGAUGAUACCUUGUUUGCAUUGCGGAAGCUUUUAGAUGACUAUUUGCUAGAGAAACGAACGAACCAAACCAGAGGGGAACCUUGUGAAAUAGAGCUGAUGAAUGAAUCUGGGCCAAGCAAUUCAUCCAUGCAACAGCAAAAAGGGAAUGACCUGGCUGAUUACGAUAUUGACAUUGGUGGCAAUGAGCCUCCUGUCUCGAGCUAUCCACCUGUGGAGAUUGAAAAGGAAAAAGAUACAGGCCAUAAGAGCAGCAAAAUCAACUCAGACAGCUCCAAAGAUUCAGACUCUGGCAGUUCUUCUGAAAGUGAAUCAGAUAUUGCAAAAGCAUCAAGUCCAGCAAAUGUAAUAAAGGUUUCUGAAACAUUGGGUCAUGGAACUCAAUUAGAUGACAAAACAAAUGCUGCUGCUCAGCUCGAGAGGAAUCAAUCUGUCAGUGGUUUGGAUCAGCUUGAACAGACUUCCCAGGAAAAACUGAGUUCUGUUGAGUCAGAUUGCCAUCCAGAUGGUGAAAGUGCUCCAAGUGAUAGCCAGGUCUCUCUUGAGAAGCGUAUUAGACAUGCUAUGAUCAAGAACCGUUUUGCUGAUAUCAUAUUAAAGGCUAAAGAGAAGACACUUUCACAGGGUGACAAGGGGGAUCCUAAGAAACUGCGGCGGGAGAGGGAGGAACUUGAACUGCUUAAAAAGAAAGAGAAAGCAAGGUUGCUUGCAGAAGCGAAAGCUGCUGAAGAUGCUCAAAGGCAAGCUGAGGCAGCAGCUUUAGCUGAGGCCAGACGGAAGAGGGAGCUUGAAAGAGAAGCAGCUCGUCAGGCGUUGCUGAAGAUGGAAAAGACUGUAGAAAUUAAUGAGAACUCUCAGUUUCUUGAAGACUUGGAAAUGCUCAGGACCGUCCCUGCUGAGCAUAUACCAAGCUCUGUAGAUGAGACGAGCCCAGAUCCCUCACAAGACGGCUUGGGUGGGUUCAAGUUUGGGGCCUGUAACCCCUUAGAACAACUUGGUUUGUUUAUGAAAGAUGAUGAAGAGGAGGAAGAGGGUGAACCAUUAGAUGUAUCAAAUCCUGUGAAUGAAGUAGAAGAGGGAGAAAUUGACUGA